UUCUUAACGACAAAUACAUUUCUUUUACAUUUAAAACAAAUCUAUUUUUACAAAAAAUGUCGAAGGAAGAGCGUAAACACAUUCCAAGUUUUUCAGAAAUAUUUACAAAGUUUGCGGACAACACAACAGCGCAUGGUUUUGCACAUAUAGCAUCAACGAAGAAGUGUUUCGUCAAGUUUUUUUGGUCUCUCCUCAUCAUCGGCUGUUUAGCCUACUUAUGCUAUCAAAUCCGAAUUUUAAUUUUACAAUGCUUGAAACGACCAAUAGCAACAAAAAUAUGGCUUGAAAAUGAAGAUGGCCAAGAUUUCCCGAUUGUCGCCAUCUGCAAUCGGAAUUCGAUUAAAAAGGACAAACUACCGGAGCUUUUGAACACACCGGCGUUCAAACCGAAGUUACAAGUGUUUGCUAAACUACGCAACACAACUCAUGUGACGUCAUUGGCUCGGCAUGAAUUGUUCACGCAUUUAAACCAAGCCACAAGUUUGAUUGCGACACAAAAUGGCUCGAUGGUUUACCAAUAUAGUAACAGUUUUAACGAGACCAUACUGUCGUGUUCAUACGCUCAAACAUACGACUGUAAAAAACACGUCCACUGGAGACAAUUCUGGCAUUGGAAGUACGGAAGCUGUUUCGCUUUUAACACUGGCGUUGACCAAAAUGGGAAAAAAGUCAAAUUAUUCACAAGCAAAGCAGGAAAAGGGUACGCCUUAUCUCUAACCAUUGGCGUCAAUCAAAGUCAGUACAUUAAUCAAAUAACCAAUGAAGUGAGCGCUAUUAUGUACGUGGGGGCGCAUGGCGUGAAAGAGUCCUUGUACAAUGAAGGUGUUUCCUUCCAGCCCGGUCAAAUUUACUAUGCGGUUAUCCAGAAGAAAAAGCGCAUAAGGGUAGAUCGUUUUAACAAUAAAAGUUGCAUUGAUCACUACAAAACAAAACGAAGCUCACUUGACGCUCAGCCACUCCUCACAAAACACAGUGUAGAUUUGUGUCAAGAACAAUGCUACGUCAGCAACUAUCAACGAUUGUGCAACUGCACAACCACAUACAAUCCCGCAACAAAUAACUAUCCCCCAUGUGGCCACGGAGAAUCAUCUUGCAUGGGGGACGUAUCCGCCAUGUUGAAAAACGAAUCAAUCUCAUGUCUAAAGAAAUGCCGAUACGCGUGUGAUAGCACGCAUUACUCUGUGGUGUUGACAUCUGCGGGAUAUUUAGUUGGUAGCGAGAAGCAAAGAAAUCGAGAUGAUCUGUUAGACGUGCAGGUUUAUUUCAAAUCACUCGAAGUGGAAGUUACAGAAGAUCACGUGAUUUAUACGCUGACUAAUCUUCUUUCGGAUAUUGGUGGCCAACUUGGUUUAUGGUGUGGCUAUUCCGUUCUGACAAUCGUUGAAGUGUUGGGUUUGUUGCUGUUGACUCUACUGACGAGUGUGAAACAUUGUCAAAGAAACUGUUGCAAUAAGAACAAAUAAAAUACUGAACAGUCUGUUGUUCUGUUGUUUAUUAGUGAGGAGCA